GGGGGGGGGGUCUAUUCGGCACAUCUCGGGCGAUUACAUCUUUGAUGAAGAGUAUGGUAAUCGACCGAGAUGAUCCGAAUGUUAUAUGUUUCGUCUGAAAUGAAAGUGAAAGUAACAUUGUCGGAAAUAAUGGCAACUUCAAGAACUUGUGAAUUUGAAGAAAGCCUGACAGGGACUGUGUUUGAUUGCCCAAUUUGUUUAGAGAGAUUAACAGUCCCAAAGUAUCUCCCAUGUCUCCACACAUUUUGUAAACAAUGUAUAGAGUCAUAUCUCGAAAAAUUUGUGCAACAUUUGGGAACAUCCACUUAUUUUGAGUGCCCCGUUUGUCGACAAAAAGUCAUAGCGCCGGAAGCGAACAUUACAUCGGUGGAUUGGGCUAACAAGUUACCCAUAAAUCAUCUUUUAUUGUCUUUAGAAAGUGGUACAAGGACACACAAUAUUGCUGACUGUGAAAGUGUAUUGUGCAAACCUUGUCAACGAGUCCACGAGAGAAGACGUGCGAAAUUUUACUGCAGCAACUGUGAUGACAACCUUUGUGAAACUUGUUUUACAUACCUUCACAAACGCAUUCCACAUUAUGAAAAUCACAAGAUUUCAAAGAUUUCGGAGCCUAACUUGACACUGGACGUUGGUCGUUGCCUAAUUCAUAAAAAUAGUGUUUUAGAAGUUUACUGCUUUGACCAUGAAGAACUGGGGUGCAAUGAGUGCUCCAACAUAUUGCAUCAGGGAUGUACGAAUGUUAAAUCAGUAGAUGAAGUUGCAGAACAUUUCGAUACUGAAACUAUUGAUUCUGCUGUAGCAAGAAUGAAAAUAAAGACAGAAACUGAAAUACAGAAAACCAAAUUGAACUCGAAGCAGCUUGAAGAUCAGAGUAAGCAAAUUCAUUUGUGUGUGUUGAAUCUUGUAGAUGACAUUAAAAAAAGGUUAGAUGUACUCCAAGACAGUUUUCUUAAAGAGUUUGAAGUAACACAUGAACAUGAGAAAUCAUGUUUGUCCAGCACACAGGGGUGUCUUGAAGGAUUUUCAAAAACUCUCACAAGAUACGAAGAAAUGCUUAGAUUGACUAAAACUAGAUCUAAGAAACAAUUGUUUCUCACAGCAUUGAGGAUAAAACCACAGUUAUUAGAAGAGUUGAAUGACUUUAGAAAAUGGAGCAAAUGUCAAGGUCAUACAGAAUAUCAGUGGGAAGAAAAUUCAAGAUGGAAAGACAUCACAGAGGCUGAUAAUAUUGUCAAUGUUCAAGUCAAAAAAAGUGAAAGAAACUUUAUUCCUGACUUGAAACGAGAAGAGGAUUCCUUUAACAGAUAUGUGAAAGAUUUCCAAACAAAGAAAAUGAAAUCUUAUCAAUUGAUUCCAGUAAAUGACCACAUAUUUGCUCAUACAGACAACCCUUGGUGUAUAAAAGUCAUUCAGAAAAAUGGAGUGAUAACAAAAACCUUGAAAGGCAGCAAUUGUGGAUUUGGAUAUUUUGCACUCUCACGCAAUGGUAGAAGAAUUGUUUAUUCGACAUCAAAUUCUGUCAUAUGCGAAGAAAUUGAUGGCGAAGAAGUUUUUCAUUGUUCAGAAAAACAAACUGGAUUAACAAGGAAGGGAGCCAGAGGAAUAGGUGUAGAUUUUCAUGACAAUAUUUACAUAUGUGACAGUAAGGGAGGAUCUGUUGUGAAAAUUUCUGCAAGUGGAGAACAAGCUAAAAUAAUUAUGCCUUCUUUGUGUCAUAUUAAGAAACCCUAUGCUUUAAGUUUUGAUAAGAGUGGGAAGAGAUUUUUUGUUGGUUCAUGGUUAGAGACUCAUGGUAUGAUUGAGGUGUAUGAAUUGCAGUGAAACAGAAGGUGGAUUCAUCAAGUGAGACCACACAAUAGGAAACUAGUAUGAGAAUUGUUGAUUGUUGCACUUUCAAAGUAAUUUAGUUUUAGUAAUGAUAACCUACAGACUACAGUGUAAAUAGUGUUAGUCCUUGGUUUAAGGUCACUGGAGGGAAAUUCUUAAAUUUCUUACGCACAAGAUUUACAUUUUUGUUUUACCAAGUUUCUAUGUAACAGUAAACUUGUGUAAUUUGUAUAUAACUAAUCCCCCUCCCCCCCCCCCCCCCCCCCCCUUCCCCGUUGUCCCAAGAUUUUGCUAAUUCAAUUAUUUAUUUAGAUUAAUUCUUUUUGUAUUGUUUUAUUUUUGUAUUUUCAACACAUUUAUUAUACAUACAGACAUAUUACAAACUGUAAUCUACACUCACUCAUUCACACUUGCAAUUGCACCUUCUGCAUCAACAAUAACAAUGAAUUGUGUGUAUGUGUGUGUGUGUGUGUGUGUAUAUGUAUAUAUAUAUAUAUACACAUACAUACACAUUCAAAGAUAAAUGUAUUAUAAUUUUCAACAAACUACUUUUCCAUUAUAUUAUCACACAAUGCUCAUUUACCAAGAUGCUUGAUAGGAACAUAAAUUUUAUUUGAGUCUUUCCAAUAGUGAUUGUUAAAAGUCUUUUUAAAUAAAUAUAAAAUGUUUCAAAAAUCAUGAAUUUCAAAAUAUUGAAUCCAAGGGCAAUAACUCUAUUUUCAUUGAUUUCUUUAUCAAGUCCAAUCUCUACCCAGAGUUAUCGUUCCCGCUACGCUCCACUAAUACCUCUGUCAAGGUCUGAAAAAGUUAUAUCAAAAUGUACAAAAACUAACUUAGCAUAUCGAACUGUAAUGAUAAUAUCUGAGCAAAUCAAACACUUCUCUGAAUUUUUUUAAAUCAGAAGAUGGUAAAUAUGAGACACCUGAGCGGAUUAGAAGGUUUAUAUAAAUAUUCAUUCAUUCAAUAAUACUAGUAUAAUCAUGGAAUUCGUUGUUUUUGUGAACCUACUUUAAGAUUUAAAGCAUAAAACUUAAACUUAUAAAAUUAUUACCCAUGAUGCAAUAGGUAUAGGUAAGUUUUGCCAAGAAUCUUGACAUUUAGACGUUGACAGAGGUGUUGUAGCGCAGAGUAAUGCGCCCUCUGGUGAGAGAUUGUAUCAAGUCCAUUAUGUCCAUUAUGUGAUAGACUUCAUUUUCCACAAACAUUUUGUAUAUUUUUUUAAAGAAAAGUUUUAUGAAAUUGUUAUAAAUGCUAUUAUAUUGUUAUAACCAGUUUUUGUGAAAUUUUUAUAAUGCACCAUUGCUGUUAUAAAUGGAAAAUUGCAAUUUCCUGACGUCGAGAUGUGUUUCUAUUUUUAAGUGUCUCGCAUCUUAAAAAGUGCAAUGACUUAUAUAUAUUUUAUUUGAUAAUUUAUUAGUUUUUUAACUCUAAUGAAUGGAAAUAAAUACACUUUCUACACUUUUA